GAUAGAUAGACACAGGCUAUCUGUUUAAAGAUGGAGGCUGUCCUGGCGUGGGAGGUCUCACGCCUGGCUCCAUUCUCAUCUCCUACACAAUGGCGGCGCGAACCAUGCCGUUGCUGCUUCUCUCAGUCCUUUCUUGCUUGCUCUUCUCGUUUGCUGCUGCGCAAGACACCCUGGUAGAUCUGGGUUAUGCCAAGUAUAAGGGCCAGGCAUUUUCAAAUGGCAUCUCUCAAUGGCUCGGGAUACGUUUCGCUGCUCCUCCCAUAGGCGAUUUGCGCUUCGCCGCCCCGCAAGAUCCUGUAGCCUCUGGAGACACAGUCAAUGCGACAGAGCAUGGGCCGCUUUGUAUCUCGACCUCCACGAACCCAAUUCCAAGCAACAUGGCCGAAGAUUGUCUAUUUUUAGACGUCUAUGCUCCUAGCAAAGCCAGCAAUUCAUCCGAGCUUCUGCCCGUCUACUUCUUUAUUCAAGGCGGUGGAUUCAGCGCCCUCGCCAACCCUAAUUACGAUGGCACCGGCUUGUUACUGGCCUCUAAUCUGAGCAUAGUCAUUGUUACCAUCAACUACAGAGUUGGGCCUUAUGGGUUUUUGGCAGGGAAAGAGAUUCAAGAAGGCGCAAGUCUGAACAACGGGCUGAAAGAUCAAAUCAAGGCUCUGCAAUGGGUCCAGAAACAUAUAAGCAAGUUCGGCGGGAACCCCAACCAUGUCGUUAUAGGCGGACCUAGUGCUGGCGGUGCAUCCGUCACUUUAUUACUCUCAGCCUAUGGCGGCAGGGAUGACGGACUGUUUCAUGCGGCCGCCGCCGAGUCACAGAGCUUUGGCGGCAUGCUUGAUGUCGCCGGGAGUCAAUUCGCGUACGACAACCUGGUCAAUCGCACCAACUGCACCGACAGCAAAGACACAUUAGCCUGUCUGCGAGCUCUGGACAUCGUCAGUCUCCAGAAACAAAACAUACAGACCCCAUUUCCAGGGGCCGAAAUCCCGCCUUUAUACAUGUACGGACCCACGGUAGACGGAGAUCUCGUCCCGGAUUAUACAUUCGCCCUAUUCGAACAAGGCCGCUUCAUCAAAGUCCCCGUGAUAUUCGGCGACGACACUAAUGAAGGAACCAUGUUUGUCCCCAAAAGUACCUCCAGCGUCAAAGAAGCCGAUACCUUCAUCCAAGCCCAAUUCCCCGCUAUUCAGCCAAUACAACUGUCCAAAAUCAACUCCCUGUAUCUGGGACCCAAUUCCACUCGCAACUUCCCCCAAUCCAGCCCCUACUGGCGUCCUGCCAGUAACGCCUACGGUGAAAUCCGCUACAUAUGUCCGGGCAUCGCCCUCUCUGAUAUCUACGCUAAAUUCGGCGUCCCAUCCUGGAACUACCAUUACGCCGUGUUGGAUCCCGAUUCGGAGAAAUCAGGCCUCGGCGUAUCUCACACAGUCGAAGUGAACGCCAUCUGGGGCCCGCAGUACGUUAGCACCACGCCUCCUAAGUCUUAUACGACUACAAACGCGCCCAUCGUGCCUGUCAUGCAGGGAUAUUGGACGAGUUUCAUCAGGACUUAUAAUCCUAACACUUACCGGGUAGCGGGGAGUCCGAGGUGGGAAACGUGGUCGGAAGGGUUGUCUGAUUAUCAGAGAAUCUUUAUAAGAACCGGAGACACGAAGAUGGAGACUGUUUAUAAGGCUCAGAAGGAGAGAUGUCAAUAUUUGAAGUCUAUUGCGUUGGAUUUGAAACAGAGGUGAGGUUUUAAGGGGGUUCUCGGUUUCAAUGGAUAUGUAAGUAAUGAUUAUGAUCGAUAUAUGGUAUAUACGU